GGCCCGUCGUUGUCGGGGGAGACUCCCGAGGAAUAUUGACGGAAUACUUUGUGCCAUGGCCAUGCAAAUGCAGUGUGAUGAAAGUGCAGAUUUGUCAACAGAUGAGGGAAGCUUUGGUCCUCAACCCAUUUCACGGCUGGAGCAAUGCGGUAUAAAUGCAAAUGAUGUGAAGAAAUUAGAAGAAGCUGGAUUUCACACUGUUGAAGCUGUUGCUUAUGCACCAAAGAAAGAAUUGCUCAAUAUUAAAGGCAUUAGUGAAGCUAAAGCUGACAAAAUCUUGGCAGAAGCAGCAAAAUUGGUUCCAAUGGGCUUCACCACAGCAACAGAGUUUCAUCAGCGGAGGUCAGAGAUCAUUCAGAUCACCACUGGGUCCAAAGAACUUGAUAAGCUUCUUCAAGGAGGAAUAGAAACCGGGUCUAUAACAGAGAUGUUUGGAGAAUUCCGCACAGGAAAAACUCAGUUGUGUCACACACUGGCAGUAACCUGCCAGCUUCCCAUUGAUCGAGGUGGUGGUGAAGGGAAAGCCAUGUACAUUGACACAGAGGGCACCUUCCGUCCAGAACGCUUGCUUGCUGUGGCUGAAAGGUAUGGCUUAUCCGGCAGUGAUGUGCUCGAUAAUGUGGCUUAUGCUCGAGGUUUUAACACGGACCACCAGACACAGCUCCUAUACCAAGCAUCUGCUAUGAUGACAGAAUCAAGGUAUGCUUUGCUGAUCGUGGACAGCGCCACAGCUCUUUACCGGACAGAUUAUUCUGGCCGAGGUGAAUUGUCAGCCAGACAGAUGCAUUUGGCCAGAUUUCUGCGCAUGCUUCUUCGGCUCGCAGAUGAGUUUGGUGUGGCAGUAGUGAUUACAAACCAAGUGGUAGCCCAGGUAGAUGGUGCAGCAAUGUUUGCUGCAGAUCCCAAGAAGCCUAUUGGAGGGAACAUCAUUGCACAUGCUUCAACCACCAGACUGUACCUGAGGAAAGGUCGGGGUGAAACAAGGAUAUGUAAAAUCUAUGAUUCACCUUGUCUUCCCGAAGCAGAAGCUAUGUUUGCUAUUAAUGCUGAUGGAGUGGGAGAUGCUAAAGACUGAGUAACCCAGUGUGUUCGUCUCAUAAGAAUGCACUAAUCAAAGGCAGCUGUGCUUCUGCUGAUGAUUCUUUUUCUUCUGCUGAUGAUUCUCCUGCUCAAGCUUUGCUCAGACUGAACAUCAGAUCCUCCUUUUUGGAGUUGCUAUAUUUAGCUUCAAAAUAAUUUUAAAAAACCCUUGGACCUCUUGUCCUGUUGAGACACACCUCUUGACAUUUUGCUGAAUUGAAUCCUUUCAUUCUUAAUGCUGUAGUGUGGCAAGAGCGCUAAGAAAUGCCCUGUUUGUCAAGUGUAUGCAGGACUGAUGGCUACAUGAAGAAUAAAAUCAUGAACUUUUGCCUGACUUUAGUCAAAUGGCUACAACUAUGGAACAAGUGUCGAAGACUGGCAUGUUAAGGAUUGGUAAAACUUGGGGGAAAGAUUCUUUGUGGCCAUUGAGAAUGUGCUGUGUCUUAACUAUUAUUUUGUUUGUUUUAAAUCUAUUUAGCAUUGACAGAAUCUGAGCAAAGAAAAGAAGCUUUGACAAUAAUAUAUUCUGAAAUUCAAGGAGCUUCUAGUUCACAUUAGAGACCUUUUUUUGAAACUGUGAGCAGAAGAGUUUUUGAACUGCAUCUUCAAAACUAAAAUUAUCAGAUGACACUUUAUUUUUGUAAAUAUAUCUUCUAAAUUGAUUCA